AUGCCAAUCAACAAAGUUUCUCUCAUCACCGUGCCCUCAACCGCUGAGACCCUCACUGCAACCUUUGUGACAGGCGAGCAGGGUAAAAAAACAGCACUACUCAACGCACGUGUUACACAGCUGGAGGAGGAAUGGCCGAAGAUAAUUAUAAUGCUCAAGAAAAUGGAGAGGUUGGUCCGGGAAUCCUUGUCGAAGCAGAGAGAACUGGAGGAGGACGUCCAGAAUAUGCAGGAGUCCCUGAAAAAACAAGAUCUCCGGCACAAACAACAGCUUGACGUCAUGGCAUGGAGGUGGAGGAGUUCUAUUGAACCAAUCCACGCACGUGUGGAGGCGCUUGAGAUGGUGGAAGAAACGGAGACGAAAACAGAUUCCAGAGGUACCACCAUUGGCGGUCCGUCGUGGAAUUUGUACACAAGCAAGUGCACAGCUCAAUCUUAUAAAGGAGGAGCACCUGCAGAAAUCCUGCGUAUGAAAGAGAGUUUGAAGCAGGCAAGGCUGAGCCUGAAUAACAUUAUUGGGAGGACAUGUGUCAAAUUGGCCCAGGCAUGGAUUGACGGGGUUCAUAUCGACGCCAAAUUAGUCCAGAGACAAGCUAAAGUGGAAGAGAGAAAUCAGAGACGAUAUUCCAUGUGUGAGGGAAGGGCGGACAUCACCAACGUGUGGGAAGGAGAUAUCUACGACAUGUUGGUGUAUAUGCAUGAAUGA